CUAUAGUUCUUGAAAUUUAAUUUAUUACAUUAAAACGUCACAGCGAAGAGGAAAAUCUCCGAAAACACGUUUGGCACGUCGGAGAUCUGGGUACAAGUCUUUUUCUUUCUGAGCCCGCGCGCUGAUUGGUGUGCAAAAUUCUUCCAAUAUGGCGGACGGCGAGGAUUGUUCGAGACCCCAGUUUGGAAAUCGUUUCCUUUCCGAUCCGACCAAAGUCUUUGAACAUAAUGCUUGGGACAAUGUGGAAUGGGACAGUGAACAAGAGCAAGCUGCACAGCAAAAGGUCAAUGAAAAUUCAAACAUCAAAGUUGGAGAAGAUCAACAAGCAUUGUAUGAGGAGAAGGCUGAUAGUUUUUGGGAUGAAUUUUACAUCUAUAGCAAAGAUUUCUUUCUUCUUUUUCUUUGUAGGUUUUUCAAAGAUCGUCACUGGCUGUUUACAGAAUUCCCUGAAUUAUCAGGACCAGAAUCUUUUGAUCCUCAAUGUAGUCAGAAUACAAAUUCUGAGGAGGCAAAAAGGGAGAAGUUUCCAGAGAACGAGACAAAUUUAUCAAGAAAAUGUUUGGCGAACUCAAAUGCUGUUAGUAACCCUGAUGUUUCCCCAGUAGAUUUUGCUGCAACGAAGAACAUUGUAAGAUCUAGUUGUACUUUUGAAGAACCAGACUGCAGUCUUUUUGGCUCAGUUAAGGAAAACCUUAACUCAUCCAGUCCUGAAUCAACAGAGGAAAAUAAUUUAACAUCUGGCAGACACUGUGUUGAAGCAUUUCCUGGACACCACAAAAAGAAACGAGUUUUUGAGGUUGGUUGUGGAGUAGGAAACACAGUUUUUCCAAUCUUGGAAGCAAAUGACGAUCCAGAUUUGUUUGUUUAUUGUUGUGAUUUCUCUUCAAAUGCGGUCAACUUGGUAAAGGAACACUCAGAUUAUAGCACAGAUAGAUGUCAUGCCUUUGUGUGUGAUAUCACACAUAAAGGAUUUGUCUUCCCAUUUCCUGAUGAAAGUCUGGACAUUAUCAUCCUUAUUUUUGUUCUGUCAGCAAUUCACCCAGACAAAAUGCAAGACGUAAUUUGCAGGUUAUCUAAGCUUCUUAAGCCAGGUGGAUUGAUUCUCUUUAGAGACUAUGGUCGAUUUGACAUGGCACAGCUUAGGUUUAAGAACGGGAAAUGCUUGUCAGACAAUUUCUAUGUGCGCGGUGACGGAACAAGAGUGUACUUCUUCACACAAGAGGACCUUUCCCAGAUGUUCCAAGAGGCUGGACUUGUGGAAGAACAGAACUACGUCGACCGCAGACUGCAAGUGAAUCGCGGGCGUCAGCUUAAAAUGUACCGUAUCUGGAUUCAGUGCAAGUACAGAAAACCAAGAUGACGACAAUUCCAAUUGUAAACCGACAAAGGAAUAAAAUAGGCCCUUUGCAGGAUCCGGUCACAUGGUACGGAAUUAAUUAUGCUGGAACGCAAG